CUUGUCAUUAUUUCCCGAAAAAAUUGCUUUGCGGUUGGACACGAAGCGUUAAUAUUUUUUAAAUAAAAUUGGCGAUUUAAGCCAUAAAAUACCAUUUAAAGAGUGAAAAGUGCUGUGGACAGUUAUUUUGUGAUAUAAAAUGCCAGUGGAUCAAAUUCAGUACUCUGAAAGAUACACAGACGAUGUCUAUGAGUACAGGCAUGUCAUCCUGCCACCGGACAUAGCCCGUUUAGUGCCCAAGUCCCAUCUUAUGACGGAGACAGAGUGGCGGAAUCUGGGCGUCCAGCAGAGCCCUGGUUGGCUACACUUCAUGGUGCACAACCCGGAGCCCCACGUGCUGCUCUUCCGAAGGCCACGGUCUGAUAUCGCUCCUGUUAACGGUUUGGAUAUGAAAGCUAAUUCCGCAGUCCAAGUUUGAUUACAAAUGAUGUAAAGCCCGGUCCGUGAGCACGUAGAAUUUUGUCCAAUGACCCCAAGCUACCCAUCCUUAUCGCUCGCGCGUAAUUAUGUUGCUGUCGUACUCGCACACUCACUGCGGGCGCCCGUCGCACAGUCACGAUAGCAAUGUAAUUACGCGCGAGCGAUAAGGAUGGGUAGCUUGGGGUCAUUGGACAAAAUUGUACGUGCUCGCACACCAGACUAUAGAAAAUGUUAUUAUUAGAAUAUCUGAGGUAAUAUUUAUGUAUCCGCAAGUUACGGACAUUCUUCAAAAAUAACCUGAAUUAAAAUAGAGUAUCAGCUUAGUCUUUUACCGUAGUGACAGUAGUAGAACUUUAAUUGAAUGGUUUCUUAAUUUUUUAUCCAUCAUUUUGGUUAUAUUGAAGGAACAUGACAUAUAUACAAUUGAUAACAUAGGAUCCUAUCUAAUAGAUUUAAAAAAAAUUCAUGUUGGUACCAGCUUUGAAAUAUAGAUAUUGGCUAUUGAGAGCAGAGAUAGAUUUUUUAAUAUGCUCAAUAUUAAUGAUUUACCUUUUUAGAAAGUAAACCCCUUUCUUUCUGUAGUCUCUUUAAAUGAUUUGGGUGGAUUUUCAUUGAACUUAAUUUGGAGAUGUAAUAGGAUUCUCAUUUCAGAUAACAUUACUGCUGAGACCUAUGUCUAGUUAAUUGUAUGUAUGUGGUAUUUUUCAGUUGAUAGGAUGUAUUAUUUUAUUAUAACUAAAGGGUAUAGAAGAACAGUAUAUUACCAUUUGUAGCUUGUAUAAUUUGCAUACAACAUGUUAGUAAGAAAUGCAUUUAGUGCUUGCUAUGUUUAAAAAAUGUUUUGUGCCAAAGGCUCGUUCCUGAAAAUGUGUUUAUUGCAAAUUUUACAAGUUGACCAUAUGAUGUAUACUAUAUUUCACCUUGUAACAUGUUGCUCAAAAUUAUUAACAAAUAUGUGUGUCAACUAUUGCCAGGUGAAUAUUGAUGGAAAGUAUGUUCAUUUUUAAAAAGAAAUGCGAGCAAACAAUAUUACAUUUAAUAUUUGAAAUUCUUGAGAAGGUAGGUUUUUUUAAGUAUAGUUUGCCUGAUUUCAAAUCAGUGGCCUUCUGUCUUUCAAUAUUUGUCAAAGCAGUCUACCUGAUCUCUUCAUCACUUUCUGGGAAGAGGUUUAGUCAAAGAAUUGUCAUUAACAUCUCAAAAUUCGUAAUUUGAGUGUUCCACUGAUGAUGUCAGUCAUGAGCAGUCUGCCCAUCAUAUCUUGUGGGAGUGUGAUCUUUGGAAACACGAAUGUGAUAUAAUGCUUAAUUCAAUACAACAUACAUCUGUUUCCGCAAUUUAUUACACUGAUCUUGUCGUGACAAGGAAAAAUUUCCGUGCUUUUAAGCGAUUUUGUGAAAAAUAUUAUUGGCAGGUACCUAGUUGCUAAUUGCUCAUAAGAUAAUAAUAUAAUAAUAAUAUAAGCCUUUAUUACUGGAUUACAAGGUAUUUUUACAACAUUAACAUUUCAUUUUACAUGCUCAUAUCCUCGUAGCGCCCACGGAUUUUUUGGAUCCUCUUUAACUACGACCCGACCGUCCUUCUUAUAGGACUUAUAGUUAUAGUCCUAUCAGCCCAAGAUUUUGAGUUGAAAUUCGUAUGUGUUAGAGUUACCGGUUUGAAGUGAAACUUUCAGGGUAUAAUUAUGAUUAUAUUAGCAUGUGUUUUUAAAUUCAAUUAUUUGUCUACCUUUUGUUCUUUACAAAGGCCAUCGGGCCACAAAUUCUAGAUUAAAAGGAAGUAUUAAGUGAUGUAAAAUUAAAUAAUACAAAAAAUUAGUAGUGUAAAGAGUAUUAAAUUAAUAAUAAUAAUAAAUAUAAUAAAUAUUUUUGAACAAUUUCACACAUAACGCUAUCUAGCCCCAUAGUAAGCAAUUAAUAUGCUUGUGUUAUGGGUGCUCGCUUAACGGAUAUACUACAUUAUAUGCGUUUUAAAUACAUACAUAUUAUACUAGUAACACCCAGACCCAUCACAGAAAUUAAAAUUCAUCAUUUCAAUUUCUGCCCGGCUGGGAAUCGAACCCGGGACCUCUCGGCAUAGUAGUCCCUUUUAGAACUACUACACCAAACGGCCGACAAAUAAUUAAUUAAUUAAAUUAAUUAUUAGUGAAAGAUAAGUUGCAUUUUUAUAUUAGUAAUAUUCCAUAAACCAAUAUAACACAAAGCCACAAACUAAAAAUAUUAUGAUAUUUUUAGUACUAGCUUCGACCCAACCGCCUUCACAAAGUACAUAUUAUUUCAAACCAAGAUUUCGCAGAAUUUCUGCCCUAAAAAUGCAAAGUAAUUAUCUCUAUUUAAGUAAUACCUAUUCGUUAGCAACUUUUUGCAUAAAAACAUACUCGACAACCACGGAUUAUCAUAAAAAAAUGCGAUUUACUAUCUACGUGUUAGUGAGCCGUCCAUACCGCCGGCCAUUUUUCAAAAAAUCCCAUCUGUCAAUUGUGACAGCCAAUGGUAGCAUACCGGAAACUGUUCCCUAAUAUUUCGUUCAGAAAUCGAAUUAAAUUAUUUCUUUAAGCCGCGAAAUUUCAAAAAUCUAGACAAAGUUUAAUAAUAUGGCCUUCUGAAAGGCGCAUGGGCGGUAAUUGAAAGUUAGUUGAAAAAAGUUCUGGGCUGUAGUCGCCAUGUUUAUUUUGGGUUAUCAAAAGGCGCGUGGGCGCUACGAGGAUAAGAUAGGCCCCCUUAAUUCAAUUUAUUGUCCGUGGUGCAUAAUCUUUUCUUAAAGGUUUUAAACCUUUGUUUGUCACCUGUCAUCCGCUUUGCAAUGGAGGGAAGUCGAACCUUAAUUUCGAACUCCUCCUAUGUUCUUCUGAUUAAUUUCGUUGUGGGUCCAAUGACAGUUUAACUUUCCCCCGGGACAAACUUGACCUUCAUUGGUUGGGUUUUUGUGGCGGUCAAGCUGUAGAUCCUGGCUACACAGGAGUUGUAGUGGUGGGAACGAGAGGUGGGAAUAGUCCCAUAUAACAUCUCAAAAAUAUUGAUAAAUCUUACUUAAAUAGACACUUUAAGCAAGUCUGCAUAUCAAUGCUCGAUUAUAUUUUUAUUCCAACAUCAUUUGCACUAUCUUUACAGGCAAGACUUAACCUGAUGUGUAACAUAUCUAAUUCUAUGUACUUAAUAUAAAUAACCGUCAUUCAAUGAUCUUAGAUUGUGAUUAUUUACUUGUAUUUUGUAAUGGAUACUUCAAUAAUACACUAUGUUUUGGGUUGCUUACAUUUUAGGCUGUUUAAAAAUGAACAUACUUUCAUUUAGAAAAUGUUCUUAUAUUAUUGUCUUGUAUAUAUGGGCUCUUUUUCAAGGUUAUCUACAAAAUUAAGUAGGUGCAUUAUUUUUUUUCUAUGGUUUAAGAAUAAAAUUGUAUAUCACUAUAAAAUAUCUGUCCAAAAUUGUAUGCAGCAGUUUUCUAACAUUUCUUUUACAAUUAAAUGGUCUAUUCAUUGCCAAGAAAAUUGAUGUUGUAAUAAAAGUAAAGUUUUCUCAUCCCUUUUCAUUGAAACAAAGCAUGAAGAUAGGAAGUGACUUAGUUUUAGAGAAGAUCAUCUUGGGACAGAGCCAUUAUAUUAUAUAUUUUACUAUUAAAAGUAUAAUAUCUUGAAGCAUAAAGUUGCUUUGCAUUUACCAUUAAAAUUAUAUUAGGUAUGCAUUGAAUAAUAUUUGUGAUAAGAGUAAACAAUGAAUAAGUUAUUUUAUGUUGUUUGUAGCCAAGAGGACUGAAUGUGACAACUAUAUAAAAUGUGCUGUGUUCAAAAUUAUAUUAUGUGCCUUCUCUGAACAUGGCUACAUUGUUAGCAAUUUAAUUACUAAUUAAUGUUAAUAAACCUGAAAUUGAUUACAA